GCGUUCUUGUUGGUCAAUUUCUGGAUAAUCGCGUCGUCGCUGAUUGUUGUUGUUGUGUGUUUCGGGAGGUUGGCAACAACCAUAAAACUAAAAGUAUUAUUACACAAAUUUAUUUAAGCUAACAUUUAAGUGUGAAAGCAAAAGCAAGCUUAGAUUAACGCGUCAUUCUUCAAAAAGUUAACACAGCAAAGCAAUUUUAAAAACGAAAUAAAAGACAGAAUGUUUUCACGGCCAAGUGUGUGUGGAAAUCUCAGCAAAUUGUGUCGCACUGGGGCAGCAACAACAACAUCAACAACGCCAGCCGUUGCGGCUUUGGCUUUGAAUGAAGCACGCGGUUACCAUGAGGUGGUUGGCGAUAUCAUCUGCCCCUCGCAGGUUCGCGGCAUCGAUCACAUACGUGAUCCGCGUUUGAAUAAAGGCUUGGCCUUCACGCUGGAGGAGCGUCAGGUGCUGGGCAUUCACGGUCUUCAGCCCGCGCGUUUUAAGACGCAGGAGGAGCAGCUACAGCUAUGCAAAAUUGCUGUCAAUCGCUAUACGGAACCACUGAACAAGUAUCUGUAUCUGAGCGAUUUGCACGAUCGUAACGAGCGAUUGUUCUUCCGCUUUCUGUCCGAGAACAUUGAGGAUUUGAUGCCUAUUGUGUACACGCCCACAGUAGGUUUGGCCUGUCAACGUUUCGGCCUGAUCUAUAGACGUCCUCAUGGCUUGUUUGUGACUUUCAACGAUCGCGGGCACAUCUUUGAUGUUAUGAAGAACUGGCCGGAGCCAAAUGUGCGAGCUAUAUGUGUGACGGACGGUGAACGUAUAUUGGGAUUGGGCGAUUUGGGAGCCUGCGGUAUGGGCAUUCCUGUGGGCAAACUGGCUUUGUACACAGCCCUGGCUGGCAUUAAGCCGCAUCAGUGCCUGCCAAUUGUGGUGGAUGUCGGCACCAACAACAUUGAUUUGCUCGAGGAUCCACUGUAUGUGGGUUUAAGGCAGAAGCGUGUUGUGGGUCGUGAGUACGACGAUUUUAUUGAUGAGUUCAUGGAGGCGGUGGUAAAGCGAUAUGGUCAGAAUACGCUUAUACAGUUUGAGGACUUUGGCAACCACAAUGCAUUUAGAUUUUUAGACAAAUAUCGCAACACAUACUGCACAUUCAAUGAUGAUAUACAGGGAACAGCUGCUGUGGCUGUCGCUGGCUUGUACGCAUCAAAGCGUGUAACUGGCAAGUCGUUCAAGGAUUAUACUUUCCUCUUUGCGGGCGCAGGAGAAGCAGCCAUUGGCAUCGCAGAUCUUGUGGUCAAGGCCAUGGUAUCGGAAGGCGUUUCCACAGAGGAGGCCUACAGCAAAAUCUAUAUGGUUGAUAUUGAUGGUCUGCUUACAACAACGCGCAAAAUUGGUAACUUAGAUGGACAUAAGGUUAACUACGCCAAGGACUACGAGCCCAUGCAAGAUCUCGAGCAGAUUGUCAGUGCCAUCAAACCAAAUGUACUCAUUGGAGCUUCGGCUUGUGCCGGUCUCUUUACACCGAAGAUUUUGCGUACCAUGGCGGAUAACAACGAUAGACCCGUAGUUUUUGCGCUCUCUAAUCCAACCAGCAAGGCAGAAUGCACAGCUGAGCAGGCCUAUCAGAACACCGAUGCACGUGUCAUCUUUUCCUCAGGCUCGCCCUUCCCACCGGUCAACGUGGGCGAUAAGACCUACUAUCCGGGCCAGGGAAACAACGCCUACAUCUUCCCUGGUGUAGCACUGGGCGUUAUUUGCACAGGCACCCAUCACAUACCCGAUGACAUGUUCCUUAUUGCUGCCCAGGAGUUGGCCAACUUCGUGGAGUUGAGCGAUAUUGAGCGGGGUUCCCUAUAUCCGCCAUUGCAGAGCAUACAGGAAGUAUCGAUGAACAUAGCUAUCGGUGUGACCAAGUGUGCCUAUGACAAGGGUCUGGCAUCCACCUAUCCGGAACCGCAGGACAAACGCAAGUGGUUGGAAGAUCAGCUGUACAAUUUCAACUAUGAAUGCUCGAUGCCCGUCACCUGGACUUGGCCACGCAUGCCCUACAUAAAGACUCGCGAAGAGAGCCCGCUAAUUGCUGCUAUCAAAUAAGCUACCGUUGAUUGAAUUGAACGAUCGAUGUUGCUGGCACCACUCAGUUUUGCAUCCUAACCCACUGUUGCUACUACAUACCACUACUACUUGAAUCCGUUUAAACACCAUCAGCACCAAAAACUAACCAAACAUUGAUAUAGACAAUUUCCAGCUGCUGACGCUGUUAUAUAUUUAUAUGUUACUCUUUCCAUUUAUUCGCUCGCCACGCAAAUUUAAGAUCAAAAUCACAGAGCGGCACACUAGCCGAACGAAUCUCCACUCUCCCAAGUGACUAAAAAGCAAGCGAACCGAACCCGUUUGUUAGUGCACGCGCCACACAAUCGUGGCUCAAAGCGCCGUGUAGUUAUUAAAAUAAAUUCUUAGUCAUAGACUUGAGUUGUAGUAACUAACAAAUUCAGAGACAAGCAAGCAAUCAAGCAACGGCUCGGUGUGCAGCAAAAUCGUUUUAUGUAUUUUAUAUAUGAUUACAUCUUUAUAUAUGUAAUAUUUUGUAUGAAUUAAUUAUCUUGUUUAUUGUUGGUGAUCAGUACCGAUAACGCAACGACGCAGUAUUUUUUCUAAUUUUUAACUGUAAAUCCCAUUGUGCUAUGUUUUAAUUUGCAAAUUUGUAAAAUAACUCCUCCACUAUGUAUAAAUUGGCUUGGCAGUAAUUGUUUAACUCUAGCUUGCUCCUUUUUUAUCUCACAUACACACCCUAUGUUUCUCUCUGCUACCGUUACUAACGAAAACCAACAGCAAGCGGCUAAAAGCGAGGCUCUUGCCAAAUUGAAAGAAUUUAUUAAAGCUUUUAAAAAUCAAUUACCGCAUAAUGCAACGCAAAUUCAACAAUUGAUUGAUCUAUUGCUAUGUUUCCAUUUCGUUGCCAAUAUAGAAAACGAAGAAAUCAUAUAAAUUAAAUGCAACCCAACCCCACGACCGCAUAGAACAAUUGGCUAUAUGCAGAUAAAGUGCUUCGAUAACGGUGGCUACCCUACCGAAGAGAGUCCUCCUCUUUCUCCCCAUGCUAAAAGAGCAGCUGCUGAUCGUUACUCUUAAAGCUUAAUAUGUAAACUACUACUAAUUAAUUAAGAUAUCCGUUUUUAAUUUACGUUUAAACAGGCGAACAUACAUAUAUACAUAUAUGUAUGUAUAUACAGUUAUAUAGCGUAUGAUUAUGUUUAUAUUGUUGAACCAUGUCUGAUAUUUAUUAAUGCAAUUAAAUAGCUUUGUUAUAAUUUAUUGUUACAAACAUAAAGCGCAAGUUAAUUUUAAUACAACGCCAAUAUAAACACGUUAUGCAUUUGUGCAUAAACAAUUGAAUCGACGCCUAAGCCGUUGUACAAUUGACCAGAUCAUACAGACAUACAUAUACAGGCAUAGCUGCGAAAACAAUAAAAACCACAGUAACAUGAAAACU